CCAGCUUCGUGAAGUGUGGGGCAGUACAUAGCCGCCAACGCAAGGCGCUCCAGGCAAAUUAUCCCGAACUGAUCUACUUACGCAGGCGAGCAUAGUACAAACGCAUCGCUGCAUGUUGUCUUGCAUUCUGCAAAUAUUCCGGAGGGUGCGCUCGAUUGUACAUUAUUCACUGCAAUUGUCUGAAUGGGACAGGCUGCAGGGAGCGGCCUUGGUGGUGGAUCUUCGGAACAGCGGACUUGAAGACGAGAGGCUAAAUUAGAUGGCACAGGGCGCAGUAAAGAAGUCCAAGCCCGCUGCGGCGUCCAGGAAACCCUCGAAGACUGGACCUAGGCCCGGACAGAAGGUCAUUAAGCCAAAGAAGGCGACUUUGAUUUCGCAAAACAAGAUCAAGAAGAAGAGCGCCGCCGGCCUCGUUGGCACGACCGAAAAAUUCCUGGCGGAGAAAGCAGGUCAUUUGGAGAUACUGAGGGGUGGAAAGAGAGACAAGAAGGAGGGCGCAAAGGGCAAAUGAGCUGUGAUUUUGACCGGAGGUUGCUAAGUCCAAAGACUCGGUCCGUCUUGGGGAGCAGAACGUCUAGCACUGUAAAGGCUAUCCAUCGAUACCUCUGCAUUUUGCCACAGAUCUGGCCGCGAGUUGGCGUUCAAGGUUGCAGGAAGCUGCUGCGCUGAGUGCGGCAUGCUUC